AUGGCAUGGCAAGCAGGAGUUGCAGCCGUGUCUGCACCUUGUCCACAGAAAGCUGAGGCUUUUGCUGCACGAAGUGAUACGCUCGCGUGCAUCAACUCUUCCACAGGACUGAGCUUGGCGUUUCCAGAUACCAUAGCGAAUUGGUGGAGACCCGCUUGCCUGCGAGCUCACUUUCGCUGCUGGCAGGCCCACGUCGCAGUCGAGGAGCCAGACGGGAAGGUCGUCAGCUACGCCUCGCUGCUCCGCUGCAGCGGAGCCUUGGCCGCGGCGCUGCGAAAGGCCGCUGCGCAGAAGCUGCAAGGGAGCGGCCCGGUUGCCUUGUGGCUCCCACGCAAUCGAUACGCUGUCGCCCUCGCCAUCGCCGCAGUGGAGGCAGGUCAGGGCUACCUGCCCUGUGAUGAGAAGCUCCCGGCGAAGCGGGUGCUGGUGAUGCUGCGCACAGCUGGGGCUGGUUUGCUGGUGGCCUCGAGAAAGCUAAUGGAGGAGAACACAAGCGAAGGUGCUGAGAAGGCCACCCUAGGCCCGAGCUUCUUCCAGCUGACCGUGGAAGCUGAAGGCUUCGUCACGGCUGCUGAGCAGGGCAGCGCUGAGGCGUGGCUUACCAGUUGCUUGAGCUUCACCGCGAACCAGCCCGGUGCUGCUCACCUUCAAAGGGGAGUUCUGCCCAGGCACGUCGAAGACGAGAACGAUAGAACGCAGCAGCUGGCAUAUGCCGCCUGGUCGCGUUUGGAAGAGACGAGAACAGUCGCCAUAUCGUUGGCCUUGGGCUCGCCUAGGUCAUCUUCACAUCAGGUUCAACUGGACAGCCGAAAGGGGUUGCUGUCUCCCACCGAUCCAUUGUUCAUUUAA